GUGUGUCAUAGGACUACUCGGAGAUGGUUUAUUCUUAAGGUGUCUAUGACAGGAGCACAGACCCUCCUGUGUGUAUGGACACGACCGCUACAGCCGCUGCUUUCGUGUACUAUUUAUUCCAGUCCGCUUGGUGGCAGUAUACUCAUAAAAGCCACUCUUCUCAUACAUUUCCACUGCAGCGUUCCACCCAGACAGAUAAUCGUCACAUGACGAAAAGUCAAAACAGCCAGGCGCGUUAUCAUGUCCCGACAACAGAAAACAACGAAAUUGGUCAAAAUAAGAAGCGCCAACGAGCCUAGAAAGUUUGGGGUAGGCGCGACAACCCUCAGCGAACUCGUUGAAAAGUCUUGCCAGCUACUUAAGAUUCCUCCCUGUGGCUCACGUGUAUGCUUGUACGAGGAUGGAACUGAACUGACAGAGGUUUAUUUUCGUUCUCUAGCAGUCAAUGCGGAACUAGUGCUGGUGGGCAAAGGACAACACUGGAAUGGAUUUCUCAGUGACAUUCAGCGUCUGUUGGGCCUGGACAGAUACUCCGCUCAGCUGAUUGAUGAAGCCAAGGACUUCCUCUCAGACGAGCUCUCCGCCAAACAUCGCAAAAUACUCGGCGAUCUGCUCUUCAACCUGAAGGACCGAUCAGAGAUAGAGGACAGGGCGGAGGAUGAGGACUGGUUCCAGGGUGUUGAUGCCAGGUUUAAGACUAAAUCUGCCUACAUGAAGUACAACUGUGAGAACAGGGUCCGAGGAUAUCUGAAGGAGGUUGAUGGAUACUUGCGGAGCGUUUCGAGCGCCAGGCAUCAGGCUCAGUAUAAGAAAGUCCAGGACAGGAUGACGGCCAAGCUGAAGUCGGCGGGCUACAACGGCUGCUACUUCAGCAGGACUGCCAAGGCUGCGGGUCGCUUGUGCUCCACGGAGGGCUGGUUCUCCUGCCAGGGAGCUUAUGAUGAAGAGGAGUGUGAUAUGCUGCAUUCCAUCAAUCCCUAUGGCAACCGUGAGAGCAGGAUUCUGUUCAGCACUUGGAACUUGGACCACAGGAUUGAGAAGAAGAGGAGCGUCCUCCCCGCCCUGGUGGAGGCGCUGCAGAGCCGGAAGAGCAGCCACGUCAAUGUGGACUACUUCUACAGACUGCUCUUCACCGUGGACAACCUCAAACUGGUGCACAUCGUGUGUCACAAGAAGGGCAGCCAUGACCUGGCGUGUGACAGACGCAAGAUUUACAAACCGGUGAAGAGAGUGAGGAAAUGAGAAGAACGGGUGGGAGACUCUCUGGGGCAUCUCUGAGGGUGGGGGGGUCAUAGACAUAUAUAGAUAUAUGUCUAUGGUGGGGGUCGUCUCUGAGGAGGGGGGGGGGGGGUCGACAUGCACUGGUGCAUUUUAUAACUGAAGACUCCAAAGGCAGCUCCAUCACACUUAGCAGCUCUGUUGUUUGUCCAAUUUUUUUUAAUUCAAAGUUGAAAAAAUAUUUUUGUAACUGAUUAAAUCAUUUAUAUUCCACCAUUU